AAACCCUAUACUCCAGUGCAGCCAACAGUUUCCGACUCCGAUACUAACCCAUGUCUAAGUUCAAGUGGGUUAGAAGAAAAGGCUGGUCUUUCUAUAGUAGAUACUCGGGCCGAACUUAUGAAGUUUAUCAUGCCCAAGUAUUCAAGUGCCAAAGAGGCUAACGCAGACCUUGAAUUUCUAAAUACGAUCGCUGCUAUCAAAGUCUCGAUAGCUUUGAUUGAUUAUACAGAUGUUGUUGAGUCAGAAUGGCACCAGACGUGCAUCUUAAUUGUAACUCGAAUUAUUAACAUGAUUGAAUGUAAGAAGUUAAUAAUUGAUUUGAGGUGUAACUUAGAGUACAGUUGUACGAACAAGCCCAUUUAUGAUGCUAGUUUGCGUGAGGCGGAGAAAGUAGUCGGUCUUACUCCCAAACCACCAUGUGCGCUCGUAGCUUGGGGCAACACUAUCCUUUCAAAUUGGGGUGCGAAUGCUAUCGCCAUAAAGCAACAGUUUUCAUCUAUCCAUCUCCACCCAAUAUAUAAGCUUUCCCAUCGCUUUGACAAACUAUGUUUAACGAAAGACUUCAAGACGACUAUAUCCCUUAGCUCUACACAACCUAACGUUGACCUUCAAUAUCUCUCCUCAAUUCCUACCAAUUGUUCUGAAAUCACAAUUAAGGCCACCUAUAAGCAGUGCCCAUUAAUAGUAGGCCUAGGGGAUUGCACUAAACAGUACAAAGACAUAAAAUUGCUGAUUAGUUGGGACAACCUUCGACGGCUGAGAUGCCGCUCUAAUGAUAAAUUCCAUGUCCACACUAUUAUGGCCUCAGACGACACUUACCUUUAUCUAGAAAGCUUUUCUUGUUCUGAACCACCAAACGACAUUGAGUAUCGUAUCUUUGCUGACAAAAUUGUUAUUCCGGCAGAUCAUAGUUUUCCUUGUGGAUUUUCUGGAUCCUCUAUCUAUGAUCGCAUCAAAUAUACUUGUGCCGAACAUAGUGUAUUGGUUAAAACAGCCGAGAUCUGCUAUAAAAAGGGCCGAAAGGACUUUUCUGAGACUCUAAACAUACUUGAGGCGAUUGAUGUCUUGCCUAGAUCAGCAAUAGCGCCCCAUUUUGGUAAUGUCUGUUGUGGUAAUAGACUUAAAAAUACCGAAUAUAUAACGAUUGAGGGGCCCGUCAAUAUUAAGCUUGUAGAUUGGGAUACGAUUUGUGAUAUUAAUAAUAUAAGAGAAGGUCUGUUUUUUUGCCAGCAUAUACACUACACCGAGAUCAAUAUUGUUGGGAGCGGUCAAUCUUGGGCUGGUGAUUUUGAUUCUCUCACUAUCAUUCAAGAUCUAUUCCGAGAUAUUACUGUCAAAAAGCUUACAAUCAAAAAUGUUCGUGAGGACCGCGAGAUCAGUGAGUCCUACCCGCCUAAAUUGGACAAGCCCAAAAAGACCCGAUACAAUAUGAACGUUGAUGUUUUGAUACUGGAUAAUGUUAGUGAUAUUGUUAUCUAUUGGGUCUUGGGGAGUUAUAACUUUGUUAAACCGGUAAAAAUGCAUAUACUGAAUUUGAACCGCAAUAGCCGUGUUAUUGAUCAACUUCUCUCUGAUCCGAAAGCCCGAAAGAUUUCGGAGCUUGUGUUGGAUGGCACAACAUUGCACGCUGAAUGUGAAGAUCGCCCAGUUUGA